CACGCCCCCAAGGCAGUGCGUAUGCGUCACUGGCUUACGGGUAGUUUUGACGCCAGUCUCGCGUGAUGGGACUUGUGACGUUGAGAUUUUCAGUGAGACUGGAGGCUCCGAGGCUGUAGUUAACAGCUUUUCGGGAGGUGUAGACAUGAAGGUCUGGAUCAACGAUGUCUGAUGCCUAGCGCUUGCUCUCAUUAAGCUGAAUACAUUGUGAUUUCCAGUAAUAGAGACAGUAUUUCUGAAGGCUGUCUACAUUAAUGAAAAGAGCAAUGUAGUCAGCUUAACAGAAUCAUCAGUGUUACCUACUGAUUGUAAUGUGGUACACUCACAUUGCUGGGCAGUUGCAUGCUAGGGUUAUAGUUACAUUUGUAAACUAGCUGUUUUGUUGUAGAUUUUCUGUGCUAAAUUAGUAUUAAUUAUGGAGGAGUGUGAGGAAGUAGCCCCUCUCCCAGAGGUAAAUGGACAUGAAGUGACGGAAAUGAUUCCUGCUUCUCCCCCUCCUCUGCCGCCAGAUGAAGAGCCUCCACCACCUCCCCUGCAAACGUCCAGUGACGCAGAGGUAAUGGACGUUGGCUCUGGUGGUGAUGGACAGUCACAAACCCCAGCUGGGGACCUGCAACAAAACAACGGAUUACAGCUUCUCACUAAGGGGUCAUCCUCCUACAAGAGUCAUCUUACAGUUCUUGAUCCCUUUCACAGUGACCAAAGGCCAAGAACAGCUCGCCAUGCACCAUCUAAUAAAGGGUUUACCCCCGAUCUUAAGUUGCUAAAGGAUGUUAAGAUUAGUGUAAGCUUUACAGAGAGUUGCAAAAGCAAAGACAGACAGGUUCUGUACACUGGAUUGGAAUGUGAGGGUUCCCUAGAUGGAGGUAGCAAUAUAAACAGUGUAAAUGGAGAUAUGUAUGUUUGUCCUUUUGCUGGUAGUACCAAUGGUAAUGUUACUGAUAGUGUUGAAAUUACACUUAAAAAAAACGAUGAGCCUGAAAUUGAUCAGGAAAAGAAAGUAGAGUAUGCUGUUCUGGAUGAACUUGAAGAUUUUACCGAAAAUGUUAUGGAUGUCGAUGAAGAUGGAGCAGAAUUUGUAUCGGAAUCCAUUCUCCAGAGAGAUAAGAUUGAUGAAGAAGCCCUGAUGUACAGUUAUGAGGAUGAAUUUGAUAACGAUGUGGAUGCUCUUCUGGAAGAGUCCCUUCACACCCCCAAAAAGCGAAGAAUUGAUGAAAAAUAUGAUAUUGAUAGUGAUCAUCAAUCAGAUGGAGAGUCAAGUGUGCAACCCAUGGUGACCAAAAUAAAAACUGUACUAAAAAGUCGAGGCCGCCCACCAACAGAACCAUUACCUGAUGGGUGGAUCAUGACAUUCCACAACUCUGGCCUACCUGUGUACUUGCAUCGAGAAACCAGGGUAGUCACCUGGUCCAGACCUUAUUUCUUGGGCACUGGGAGCAUAAGGAAACAUGACCCACCAAUCAGCAGCAUUCCUUGCUUGCAUUACAAAAAAAUGAAGGAUAAUGAUAUUAAAGAGCAGAGCAAUGAUGUCGCAUCAGCCCACAUUUCAGUAUCUCCUUCUGCAAAGUCCUCAGAUGCAAAUCACCAUUCUGAAGAGCCAGACUCCACAGGUGCUGAUUCUUUUGUUUCUGAUGAGAGGGAGCCUGUAAGUGAAGCAGCCCAGGGAGCACUUGGGCAAGUCAAGGCAAAGGUUGAAGUGUGCAAGGAUGAAUCCAUUAACCUCGAGGAUUUCCGCAGCUAUCUGGAAAAAAGAUUUGAUUUUGAACAGGUUACUGUUAAAAAAUUCCGGACAUGGGCUGAAAGAAGACAGUUCAACCGAGAAAUGAAGCGCAAGCAAGCAGAAUGUGAAAGGCCCAUAUUGCCUGCUAAUCAGAAACUUAUAACCUUGUCAGUGCAAGAUGCUCCUACAAAGAAAGAGUUUGUCAUCAACCCUAAUGGAAAAUCUGAAGUAUGCAUCUUGCAUGAAUAUAUGCAAAGGGUCCUUAAAGUGCGCCCUGUUUACAAUUUCUUUGAAUGUGAGAACCCAAGUGAGCCUUUUGGAGCAUCUGUUAUUAUAGAUGGAGUGACCUAUGGUACUGGAACAGCAAGCAGCAAAAAACUGGCAAAAAAUAAAGCUGCUCGUGCUACUUUGGAAAUCCUUAUUCCAGAUUUUGUAAAGCAGACUUGCAUGGAAAAGCCCAAAGACACUGAUGAACUUGAGUAUUUUAACCAUAUCAGUAUUGAGGAUUCACGGGUGUAUGAGUUGACCAAUAAAGCUGGACUGUUGUCUCCGUAUCAAAUUCUCCAUGAGUGCCUUAAAAGAAAUCAUGGAAUGGGUGACACAUCAAUCAAGUUUGAAGUCAUUCCUGGCAAGAACCAGAAAAGUGAAUAUGUAAUGACUUGUGGAAAGCACACUGUGCGGGGCUGGUGUAAGAACAAGAGGGUAGGAAAGCAGCUGGCAUCUCAGAAAAUACUUCAACUGCUUCACCCCCAUGUAAAGAACUGGGGGUCCCUACUGCGCAUGUACGGGAGGGAAAGCAGCAAAAUAGUGAAACAGGAAACCUCUGAUAAAAGUGUAAUAGAACUUCAGCAGUAUGCCAAAAAGAACAAGCCAAAUCUCCACAUCUUGAACAAGUUACAGGAAGAGAUGAAAAGGCUUGCACAGGAGAGGGAGGAAACGCGCAAGAAACCCAAGAUGACCAUUGUGGAAUCUGCCCAGCCAGGCAGUGAACCUCUUUGUACUGUGGAUGUCUAAUGUGAACCUUUAAUGAAGCAAUUAGGGACCUAGAAGACUCUCUUGAAAAACAGAGUGUUUGCUGAUUAAUGUGGUACAUAAAUAGGGCUGAUUUCAUUAUGCAUUUUCCAUUUUUGCAUCAUCUCAGCAAUAUUACCUCCUUAUGUGAUAGGUGGCUGUUUGUCUUUACUGUGAUCUGAAGCAAUGCUGAGGCUUAUGUAUUCAUAUAUAUAUCGCACAAGGCACUUUCUUAUUAGGGACUCAUUCAGUGUCUUAACAUUGCAGAUUUUUUGCGUUCUAAACUGGAAUCCAAAAUGUGGGUCUUUUAUGCUUUCGGAUUGUUAUAAUUCAUUUUAGUAUGUACCAGUGCACUACAUAUGUAGGAGGUAAAAUAGAAGGGCAGGUUCCUAAUGUGUUCCUUACUCGGCUUGUGCUCCUGAGAUGCAGAUACAUAUAAAUGCACACACUUUUCUGUCAGCCCUAUUACAUGUAGCCCCUGCACAUUAAACCUUAUUCACAGGGUAAGGUAAUCGUUGGAAUAGGUUUAAGAGCAGUAACUAAUUUUUGUCUGUGUUUGUGAAGGGUACUGUUUUUCUCUGUAAUAAAGUGUGCUUUCAGUCUAGCCUACCUGUUAGAUUGCAGUGAUGGCCCAUUUUUUAUUGUUUGUGGUGGUUACUAGAUGGAAAACGCAAGGUUGGAAACUGUGUGUUGUGCCAUGUACAGGAAUACAAGCCGUUGUACUCCUAUUGUUUUUUAAUAGUUUUAAGGGACUGAGGUCCCUUUGGAAUAGGAGUCGGUGGCAAAGUGGUGCCAAGUUCUUUAGUGACUAUUACAUAACUUCAGGAUUUAGUUCUUCACUGGAAAGUACUCACAGUUCAGCUCUUUUAUGCAACUGCAAUAUCUUGCUUUGAUAAAGCACAUUCUGCUGCUUAGUGUCUCAUUAUAGCACAGACUAAAUGAACACUACGUUUUCUUGUCUGGUACUUUGAUUUUUAUUUGAUAUGCACUUAAUCUCUUAAUGAAAGUGCUUUACUUUGGGAAGGUUCUCCCACCAGGCACAUAUGCAUGCUGAGUGUGUUCAAAUGCCCAUAUAAUAGCUGCAUCUGUCUGCUGCCCCCCAAAAAAGCAAAUGUUAUUCAAGUUGCGUGGUACCUAAAAGGAGCCAUUAUGGUUACACUGCCUUUUCACAUGUCACAUUAGCAGGAAGAAAUCCCAUGCUAAGCACUCUAACAUAGAACUUGCACAACUAUUCAUAAAUGUAUAUAUAAUGAGUUUUGUUCUCUUAGGUGCCCUCUUCUGUGCCGCUACCUGAGUUUGACAGUAGUAACAUAGGUGUGCCCCAAGCUGCCUGACAUUCUAAAAAAAGCACAUUGGAUGAGAACAGAUUGUCUAGAUGAAUUCAGCAACUUUAUUAAAAGUCAUAAUGCAAAACUGCUUCCAAAGCAGUUUGUUUCCCUUUCCUUCUUAACCACUGCCAAAGGGAUGGCAUUCCGGAGCAAUCUUUUCCGAUGUUGUAUCUAGAGCAUAUUGCUUGCGAAAUGCUCAGUGCUGUUUAUGCCAUGAGACAAGGGAAAUAAAGCUGCUCUUGGUAAUUAUAAUUAUAUUAUUUCUAAUCAUAUACAUGGAAACCUUUUGGCUCUGAAGACCUGCCUUUUUAUUAGGUACAUUGUCACCAAUGCAGUAUCACACAGCAACAAAUGAGUAACAUGCGUUUCUUUAGCUGCACUAUAUUAAUAAACUCUGACUGCUGUUGGGUGGCUUUGUGUUGCUGCAUUGUUACACAUAAUUUCACAUGUCACUUGCUCUUCUGCAACAGAAGCAAUAUCUGCCAUUCUUUCUAAAACUUCAAAAGAGCAGGUGGCUUAAAUGAAGCAAAGAUGAAUUUGUAUUAUACCAUGUCCAUGGAAUCUGAAAAUCCUACAGUAUCAAUCAUGAAUAUGUUUUGUAUUCAUUUGAUUUAUCAGUGGUGGUGAUAAUAAUUGUGUGAAGCACAGAUUAUUCAUUGUGUUUUUCUUGUCUUGAAAAGGGUCUCUGCACUGUUCAGCACAGGGUGUUUGUAUGGAAAGGCAAGCAGAAAUACAGUUUUGCCCCUUCCUACUUGAUUCACAGCUUUAAUUCAUAGUAACUGGUCUGUAACUUCUUAUACAUAGGAAAGUGUUGCUGAUCUUUAUGCACUGGAGGGAGAAUGCAGAUAAAUGACAGCGGGUGUGUAUAGUCAAUAGUCAAUUUGACUUCUAUUCAUAGAAUAAAUGAAGGAGUUUUUAAUAAUAACCAUGGAGAGUAAUAAAUAUAGAGAAAUUAACCCUCAUUAAAGAAUACUGCUAUUCAGAUCUAUAAUGGCAGAAAAGGGGUUUUAUUUCCUUCAUGUGAAAAUAAAAUGAGCAGGAAAUUGUUGAAUGCAAUAUAUUAUCUCUUUACAAGAUGACAUUGAGUCCCAUGGCUGUGGCGGAUAUAAUCCAAUCAAUUCCAAACAGUGUGAUGAUCUUCUGUCAUUUCUUUUGUUUCCCAGUAUUAAUUUAGUUUGUGUGCGACAGUGCCCAUAACUAAUAUUGUGUUCCGCUUCCCCCCUUUGUAGUAUUUGUGUUUCAUCAUGUAUUAAAAGUAUUCUUACCUGUAGCAUCCUUUGUUAUGUAUCAAUAGUACUGUUUGCUUGAAAGUGAAGAUAGUAAUGAGGUUACUGUUGUGGCUUUGUUUUUGUCACAUUAGCUCUUCCCCUUAUAGGCACAAUCUAUAAUAGCCAAUAAAGCCACUUAAAUGAAAAGCCUAAAUGUUCAAGGUCUUGAGAUGAUUUGGGUGAUUAAAAUCAGCAAUCUGCUAUUUAGAUGCUUUAUAAAGGUUAUACAUACAUUCAAGGUUACUGUUCAACAUGAGCUCAUUGAAUAGGCCUUGGGCUGAGCAUUUUGACUAUUAGAUUAGGCUAAUGCCAGACAGGGCCUGUGGAUAAACUCAGACUCUGAGAAUCAGCCCCUGCUGUAGCAUCAGCCUUUCCUUGUGCCUGCAACUGAGCCAUUGCAUGGGCCCAGGGACAGACAUACGGAGCUUAUUUCUGCGCCAAAAUGCGUAUUUGAAAUUUGCUCCGUGUACCUGUGCUCAGUGUAACACAGUGGUUCCAGGUACAGUCACAGGAAGAGGCUGAUGCCAGAGCAGGGCCUGAUUGGCUCAACCUGUGUUUAUCUGAGGCCAAACACCACCCCCGUCUGGCAUUAGCUUUAGUGAUACAGGCAAGGCAGUAACUAUAGAACAGUGAUUCACAACCAGUGGCUUUUGAGUACCAUGUUGCCCCUUGGAUGUUGCUCCCAGUGGCCUCAAAACGUGCUCAUUUUUUAAUUUCUAACUUAGAGGCAAGUUUUGGAAGCAUAAAGACCCAAUGCAACUCCACUUUUUACACAGUAUGAUACAUAUACCCCUAUUUGUACUGCCAAAAAAGAGCCUCCUGUAGGCUGCCAGUCCACGUUGAGCUACUGAAUUGCCAAUCUUAUUUGGCACCCCCAAGAACAUUUUCAUGCUUGUAUUGCUCCCUAACUUUUUUUUAUAUUUAAAUGUUGCUCACGGGUAAAAAGGUUGGUGAUCCCUGUUCUAGAGGAAACACUGUGCAACUGCUGGGGGUAUAGGGGACUCGGCAGGGCACUGACUGCAGGUUAAUUGUAUGUACAUAAACAAUAUCUUAUUCCCAGAGGUUUAGAGGGACCUUAAAUGUUUUGUUGGUGUGGUUAUCAGGAUCUAGUUACACCACUGGAUGUAUUAAAGGCAUAAAGGUUUAAAAUGGAAUAACCUUUGAACAAAGCAUCUCUAAGAAAUAGUAGAUCUCUCCAUAGCACAUCUCUCACCCUAAUAUAGUCAGAUUACUUGCAUUUACCGUAUGAAGCACAAGUGACAAGUCUCCCUUCCCUUCACUUGAAACAUUUUAUUGGGGGAAGAAGUGUUUGUCAGACUGCUAUCUCCCAUAUCACUGGCACCAAUGUCAGCUUUGAUACUUGUGUGUUUUAUUCGAUGAAUUUGAUUGUGUCGUGUUCUGUGCAAUAACCUUUAUAUGGCAUAAUGUAGUAAAAGUUGCAGAGUUUGCCCCUGGUCUAGUAACCUGGAGCAACCAAUCAUUUCAUUUUAUAAACCUGCUAGGUAUCUAAAAUAUAUUUAUGAAUUUAUUUCAACUUUUUUAAGCUCAAAAUUUGUUUGAGUAGAAAAAAAAAUGGGGAAAUAUGUUGCCGAAAUACAGAAAAGUAAAAAUCUGUAUUCUUUCUGUAUAUCUGAAUUUAUACUUGUGAGCUUGAAAUGCCAUAUUGCCUUUUAGUGCAAAGGUAUAGCACCGGUAGGGUUUGUGCUAGUGUCGCCUCAUAGCAAGCAGUGUGGCAGAACCUAUAUAGAACUACAUUUUACAUGCACUUUUAGAUACCCAAAAUCUUUCAGUGACGGAAGCCUAUAUAAAUGUCAUUGGUACGAAGUGCUGUUUUCUAAGUCAUUUAUAGGUCAUAAAUCCCCAACUCAUGGCUUUUGUGAUGGGAAUGUCCCAGCAUGCCUAGGCAAUAAUUACUACGGGUGCUGGAGAUCUUGGCUCAGUUUGCUGUCCCUGUAAUGUUUGAUUCUUCAGCAGCUGGCAAAGUGUAGGGAAUGUAAAUAUCUCUAUUAGAGCUUUGCAAACGCUUGGUUUCCUAGUGGGUAGAUAGUGAGAUGCAUGUGUAUAGUAUUACUGCUUAUGUUGUUCGCCUGUGCGCUUUGUACCUACCAAAGCUAUAGAUGGAAACUCUAAACACCACUCCCAUGGGCUUCAAACUGCCAAUAUUGGCACAGCCACAAUUGCUCUGUUAUAUGGGAUACGUGGAAGGUCCAGGGUUCCUGCCAUGGUCAAGAAAGCAAUUUGGGAUGACAGAAACAUUUGUCAGAUUAACCUCAGACGCUUUUCUAUAGUCAGUGUUUCAGAUAUUAUUUUAUCUGUUUUAUUAUUUGAAGUAAAAGUAUUGGCUUUUUUUUUGUUAAGGAAGUAGAAUCAACAUUAAGUGCGCCGUACCAGAACCAGAACAUGGGGCGCGACUUUGCUUUGUCUACUUGGCGUGUUUCAGAGAGAAAAUGUGAACAAGUCAUGUGUGUGUUGCUAUUGCUAUAGGCCCAUUUGGUUCGACUAGCAUAUGCAAGCUGUAUUCCUAUUGGUCUCCCAUUCCCAGGAGUGUUUUUAGGUCUUAAUGUUUAAAUGCAUGUAAAAGCAUUGGAUGUUUUAUGCUUCAUUGUUAAUGGAUGGUACAGUAGCUUACAGGCACCCUUUCCUGCAUGGAAUCCUACAUUAGAAAUUUCACUUUAUUAUUGGGUUGUGGUUUUUGAUGCCAGAAUAUGAAACGUUCCACAUUAUAGAGUAUUAUGGUGUCUGAUGUGGUGAGUUUGGGUGGUGUUGCUGUUGCAUUUCUGCUUUGUUCCCUGGCAGCUCAGUUACUGCCGGCAGGUAAUGCGCAACUGAAUGUAUCUCCAGCGUCACCAUUUGGGCUCUGCCACAUUCAUUCCUACCCAUGCGUCUGACAGCGGGCGUUUCUAGGGAAUCGCCUGCCAGUCUGUUGCUAUUCUUUGCAUGAAUGCAGGUGAGUUGGUUUAACACUGCUCUUAUUAUAUAUGUCUGAUGUAAUUAACUUGUAGUUCCUGGCCAGGGUUUCUACACUUUGGUUUGAGAGCCACUUACUUAUGAUGCUGCCUGAUGUCUUAAUGGCUCUUUAAUAUUUGUAUUUAUAUUUAAUCGGCCUUUAACUAGAAAACGGAAUUCUGCCAUUUCAUGCAUUAAGAUGUCUCCCUGUAAUCGCUUUAUAUAGCACUACUGUUUGCUAUUGACGACUGAAAUAGAAGUAACUGUCAUUGUGGACAUUUGGAUGGAUUUGAUGUUCUGGGCUGGACUGUUCAUGUUGAUGAAAUCAUUUGCUGUACAUUUAUAGUGAGCAGCUUAAGCCUUGUGUGUAAUCAUGUGGGACUUCAGCUAAUUGUGCCUAACGUAACGGUUGUUGUAUGAAUUGUGUCUGAUUCUUGUGACUGAGUUGUUCAAUCUGUACCCCGCUCAACUAGAUUGCCGCUCUCACCGACUCGAACAUUGUAUCUUCAGUACUGUUGGAAAUAUUUUGUUCGGCAUUAGUAUAAGCAAUAAAAAUUUGAUAUUCAUGUGAAA